AUUGAAUCAAUGAAUAAAUUGAAUAGAAUACAUUUUUAAUAGCAGUGCCAUUGCAUGUAGCAAAUUCUGUUUCACACGUUUGAUAAGAAUACAAAAUUUCAAGUUCUUUCGUUUAUUUUGCGGAAAGUUUCUGAUGACUAAAAUAAAACUAUGAAGAGACACAGUAUUUCAUACAAGGGCAUAGGAUACCUUUUCCUAGGAGUCUUAUCAUUUACACUUGGAUUUCUCUCAAUAUUCUUUGAUUACCAAGAGAUAGCACUUUAUGAACGCAUAAGGCUACGACCAUGGUUGCCACCUUAUGAAAUGUGGAGACAUCCAUCUGCCUCCGGUAUUGACAUCGGCAUCAAAACUUAUUUAUUUGCAGUACAAAAUCCUUAUGAAUUCCUUUCGAAUGAAAGUACAAAAUUAAAACUUGAAGAAAUUGGUCCAAUAGUCUACAAAAAGAUCCUACGACAAGAGAAUAUAAGAUUUCACAAAGAAAAUUCAACAAUGACUUUUACAUCUGUUUAUGAUAUUGUAUUCGAUGAGGAACGUUCAGAAACAGGAAUUUUAAAUCAAACUAUUACAGUGGUUAAUCCUAUGUUGUUAGGAUUCGCUGCAAUGGCUCAUGAUAUGUUUCUUGCAAGAUUGGCAUUUAAUAUGAUCGCUGAGGAUGAUGACGUAUUUCUCAAUCGAACUGUAUACGAAUUACUGUGGAACAAUUCUUCGCCAAUAUUUGACUUUGUCAAGAAAAUUCCAUUUGCUGCUCCUCGAGAAAAUGCUGGAAUUCUGCAUAAUUCCUUCUAUCCAUCCGAUGAAACAUACAAUGUUAACAUCGGAUCAAAACACGGAUUCAAGGAUUUCUUCAAAAUAAACACAUUCAAUGGAUUAUCCAGAAUCGAUGUGUAUGAUGAGAAUUUUGCAGAACAUUGUCCAUUAGUAUCUCUCAAAGGUUCAAGUGAAGGAACUGGUCUACCACCUCAUAUUGGAAAAAAUGAUAUGGUAUAUGCAUACACUAAAAACCUUUGUAUGACUUAUCCGAUGGUUUAUAAUGCAACAGUACCGGUUAACGGGGUGGAGGCAUAUAAAUACGUUCUAGCUGAUGGAAUUUACAAAAGAUUAGAGGAUCCUAGUUUGGAUUGUUUCAAACAGACAAACGAUGUUCCAUUACCUGAUGGACUGAGCGAUGCAUCCAAGUGUGCUUUUGGACUUCCAGUCGCAGUUUCCAAUCCUCACUUUUUGGGUUUUCAUGGUCCAUGGGAAAACUAUAUAGAAGGUCUUGCACCAGAUGAAGACAAACAUGCGACUUAUGUUACAGUUGAGCCAACAUCUGGAGUUCAAUUGGAAGGAAUAGCAAGACUACAAUCCAAUAUGCCACUGCCAUCGUUAGAUAAUUAUUAUUCACCAAACAUCAAAAGAUUCAGCAAUAUGAUAAUGCCACAAUUUUGGAUGGAAUAUUUUGUUAUCAACAAGAGUUCCAUUAUUUAUGGAUUGAUUAAAACUUUCCUAUUUCUACCAGUUAUUCAGCCAAUAUGUGUAAUAGUUUUAUUUAUUUUAAGUUUAUUUGCAUUUUAUAAAAGUGUAAAGAUAAUUUUUUAUCAUAAGGAUUUAACUAGUUUAUUAAUACAGCCGGAGUUAUUGGUGUUGCAACAGCCACUUUGUUCGGAAUUAAAUUCUAAAAUACAUUAACACAACAAAAUUCAAGAUAACUAUAACAAAUUUUGUAUUUUUAUACUAAGAUAGAAUAAAAUAUGACUGUGAUAUAU